AUGUUGGUCCUUUUGCGCCAAACGAGGCCGGUGUUGCGGCGCGUGCCUUAUGCCGCACGGAAAUACAGCAGCAUACCCGACGAGCCUCCAGCCAAAUCCAAAGUGUGGGAGUCGGUGCAGGAAGCAAUCAAGGACAUAAAGUCUGGGGAUGUGCUUCUUUGCGGAGGGUUUGGCGCGGCGGGAAUUCCUGAUACCCUUCUGGCAGCCCUCACACGCCGCAAGGACGUGCAGAAUCUGACUGGCGUGUCAAACAACGCGGGCUAUGGCGAUUCGGGUCUUGGCAAGCUGCUGAACAGCCAGCAACUGGGGAAGAUCAUUGCUUCUUACCCUGGAGGAAACAAGCUCUUUGAGUCGUUAUACCUCAAGGGUGAAAUAUCACUUGAGCUUACGCCUCAAGGCACGCUUGCAGAACGGUUACGAGCCCAUGCAGCGGGAAUUCCCGCGUUCUACACACCGACAGGCGCGUCUACAGCGGUGGAAGACGGCUCGAUUCCUAUGCGCUAUAACGAGGGCGGCUUCUCAGCUGGUGUCGCGCUUCCGGGCAUCAAGAAAGAGUCGCGCGAGUUUAACGGACGAAAGUACAUCAUGGAAACCGCCAUUGCCGGCGAUAUCGCCUUCAUUCACGCCUGGAAGGUUGACGAGUCUGGCAACGCCGUCUUCCGCUACGCGUCCAACAACUUCAGCACGGUUAUGGCGCGCAACGCAAAGCUGACGAUUGUCGAGGCAGAGCAUAUCGUCCCUGUUGGUUCCCUUUCACCAAACGCGAUCCAUCUGCCCGGAAUCUAUGUCGACCGCAUAGUGCGAGCCACCGAGCCUAAAAUCAUCGAAGUCGUCACAGUCGCACCGGACCCCAAGGAAACUCAGAACGAGAGCCAGAAACUUUCGCCCGAAAGGGCAGCUGCGCAAGCCCAACGACACCGAAUUGCAAAACGCGCGGCCAAGGAGAUCAAAGAUGGGUUCUACGUCAACCUUGGGAUUGGCAUGCCGACUUUGGUGCCUGAACAUCUCGAGAAGGGCGUCAAGGUCUGGCUGCAGAGUGAAAACGGUAUCCUGGGGAUGGGGCCCUACCCGACCAAGGAAAAGUUGGACGCCGAUCUGAUCAACGCUGGCAAAGAAACGGUGACUCUCCUGCCUGGUGCCUCAGUUUUCGAUUCAAGCGACUCGUUUGCGAUGAUUCGUGGCGGACACAUUGACGUGGCUAUCCUUGGUGCGAUGCAAGUCUCGGAGGCAGGCGACAUUGCGAACUUUAUGAUUCCGGGCAAGAUGGUCAAAGGCAUCGGCGGUGCGAUGGACCUGGUAUCAAACCCAGACAAGACCAAGGUUAUUGUGACGAUGGAACAUACUGCCAAGGACGGAAGCCACAAGAUCCUCAAGCAAUGUUCUCUCCCACUGACUGGGGCACGGACCGUCAGCCAGAUAAUCACGGAGCUCUGCGCGUUUGACGUUGACCGCGUCAAUGGGGAACUGACGCUCACAGACCUUGCCGAAGGUGUAACGCUGGAAGAAGUUAAGGCCAAAACUGGAUGCGACUUCAAAGUUGCACCGAGGGUACAAUAG